AUGCCUUCACACUCACCCAGAACACCGAUCGAUCCGCGGGUGGAGAUGUUCCAGAGGGGACAGCCCACAGAUGCGUUUUUCAACAUGAAGAAACUCGCGCCAAGGCCAGUGUCUGAAGCGACAGAGAUGUUCGAUACAGACUUCGAGGACGAUGAGAGCGAAAUAGAAGAUAACAACUCACCACGCCUCAGUAUAAAUUCAAGCGGUCAGCAAAGUGGGACAACGAUAUCUUCUUUUGAAGAAGUACAUACACCAAGCCCAAACUCCAACGAAUUCAGAGGCUUCGACUUCGGCCUCGCCGCCAAGGCUGCAGUAGAGGGACCUACAGGACCACAUCUAUUUCGAAGCUCUGUCGACUCUUCGAUAAGCUUCCAGGAGGACCAAUAUACGCUGGCAAUGUCUCCAAUAACACCUAAACCCUCAAGUAUACAAAUGGCAGCCUUCGAUGCGCCGCGAGUCCCAGAAAUCCCAGCCCGCCACCGACAUCUCAGUUCGCUGACCGAUGCGGUUGAGAGCUUAAACUUGAGCGAGGUUACAUUGUGGACGCCACGACAAGUUGCAAGGUGGAUGUACGACGCUGGCUUUGAGCCUUCAAUAGUCGAGAAGUUCGAGGAGAACGACAUUUCAGGCGCAAUCUUGACGACCUUGAAGUUUGAGGACCUCCGAGAGCUCGACAUUCCCUCUUUUGGACAACGAACAAAGGUCUGGAAUGAAAUACAUGUUCUCCGAGGCAGCGCGUCAAACACUCCGAAGCCAGCUACUCCAAUCGAGGAAGUUGCUUCGCCAUGCAUAGAUCUGCGAAACGAGUUCCGAAACCUUUCAAGGCAUAGAUCGAGAUCGACAAGGCGGGAUAAGUCAGUCGACUGUCCAUCAGAGGAAGAACCAAGACGACGGAAGAGUUCAAGAAGACGGCACCGAAAGCACAGUUCCGAUGACAUCACACCACUUGAGUCUGUCUCCAUUGUCGGCAUCGAGCAAGUUAUGCCCAAACCUCACAAGUGCGCCAAAGGAGAGAACUGCUCGAAAUGGAGGAGACAGCAGCGCCUGAUUGACCGCUUCAAGCAGGAGCAUCCAAUGAGCCAGGAGUGUGGUUCAAUAUGGGUCGCUGGCGAUCCAGGAAAUCCAAUGACUGCUGAAGCUGUUGCUGAAGUCACUCGACCAAUCUCCAACCGACCUGUCUCAGAGGCCGUACCAUCAGUGGUGGCUUCAUCCGAUGUCCUCGGUCCUACAGUCCCUGCCUUCCGCCACUUGGAAGAAGCCAGCCUUCGAAAUAUCCAAUCACGGGACCCACAGGAGAAUGUCAAGCAAUUCAUCAAGUUCCAACACAUCGACCCACAGCAAGCCGUUUGGUCUGCCGAGGAGCCACCCACUCCUCCGUACGAGAUGUUCCCGGCUCUUCAAACGCCCCAUGUUGGGCUGCCUGUAUCACCCCACCCAGCUCAGCGUCAAAGCCAAGCUGCUCCAGCAAGCAAAACUCCAGCUAGUCAGAAUCCCCACACUGGGCUACGCGGACUUCCCAAGCUCGCUAUCCCAGGUCCUCCCCGUCCGGCCCCUCCUCCACGUGCUGCAAGCGCCAAUACCUUUGCCCCAUACCGCAUGGAACGUGUUGAGGCUAUGUCUCCAGAGCUCCGCAGCAAUAAUACUACUACCCCAACGGCCUCUGCCUUCUAUCGCUUCGGAACCCCUUUCUCUGAGAUGGACGUCCCAGUGACCGCUAUCCCAAUCGGGCCGGUCCCACGUGAGAUCUCACAAUCCGUACCACCGAACAUGUCGUACCGCAGCGGCACCUCAGUUCCCCAACGUACUCAAUCACGUGCAUCGCGCCGACCCUCCUUCCCCGCCAUGCCCCGCCUGGAUGAGAACUCACCGAUCCAAGCCAAGCCCCGUCAAACUCAGCCAGCUCAGCCGUGGUCUCCUGUCAGUCAGCCAACCGAACGCGGCCCAGACGAUGUCGCCCAUGCAGGCCCCAUGAAGAAGCGCAAGACCAAGAUGCUCCGCCACGAAUGGCACGAGCACCACUUCACGCUCAAAGGCACUCGCCUCGCGAUGCACAAAGAUGCCCGCGCUCUCGAGACCCUCGAGUACAUCGAUGUCGACGACUACGCCAUCGCGUGCUCAUCACUCGCUUCUGGUUCCAAGCUCAACGCCGCCUUCAAAGCCAUGAACAUCUCUCGUGACAAGAAAGACAAGAAAGACGAGGCAGCAUUCGCCUUCCAGCUGAUCCCAGCCGCCAUCGACAAGACUGUCAGAUUUCGCAAGAGAGAAAGCGCGAUGGUGGCCAAUGGUCCUAGCGAAGGCAAGGAUGCCGGCGCAAAGUGCAAGACACAUUACUUCGCCGUCAAGAGCCGCGAUGAGAGAAUUGACUGGAUGCGAGAGCUCAUGCUCGCAAAGGCACUAAAGCAAAAGAAUGAAGGCUUCGAGGUCAACGUCAACGGGAACAUGAUCUAA